AUUCCACGCCAUUAUUGGUUCAUUAUAUUCUCUGACUCACUGACUCGUUUUCCAACUAUAAAAUGGGAUUCUUCAGCUUUAUUCGUUUCACAACAUGUGGAUUUAGGUCUAAAUACAGAUUAAUUUUACGGAUUUGAAUUUCCUUUUUAAUACAAUGUCAACCUCGUCGUAUUCACUUCAUUACUUUAAUUAUCGCGGUCGUGCCGAGAUCUGCCGAAUGCUGUUUGCGGCAGCGAAUGUCCAAUACCAGGAUAUAAGAAUUGACCGAUCAGAAUGGAGUCGUAUUCGAAACCGGAUGCCCGGUGGUAUGAUGCCAAUGUUAGAGUUCGACAAUAAGACGCAGUACAUACAAAGCAUGGCUAUCACCAGGUACUUGUCAAGGGAAUUUGGUUUCCAUGGCAACACAAAUAUGGAGAUGGCUAGAGUUGAGCUUAUUUCAGAUUGUUUCAACGAAAUUAUGGACGAUUACAUGAGGAUGUAUCAAGACAGUUCCGGCGCAAUUGUGUUCAAGAAAGAUUCUGAUCCAAAUGUUGCGCGCGCGAAAACCUUACGGUUCGAAACCACCUGUGAACGUAUCCUACCGUUUAUGGAAGAGACUCUGCAGAAAUAUGAUGGCGGCAACCUUUUCUUUAUGGGAGAGAAGAUGACUAUGGCCGAUAUGAUGUGUUUCUGUGCCCUGGAGAACCCUAUGAGAGAAAACCCGGCGCUUUUAAACUGUUACCCUAAACUUCAGGCAUUGAGGAACAGAGUGAUGAGUCACCAUACCAUUGCUCCUUACCUGACCAGACGAGGAAUGACGGAGUUCUAAUUACAAAGAACCGACUAAAUAACUGAAAUAAAAUGUGAAAUAAAAUUUAAAAAAUUUUUUUAAAGAUGGAAAUGGGAAAAUGGUCGAUAGGCAUUUCAGAGAGGAACUGAAUAUUUCUCUUUUGAGUAGGAGUAUAUUUUAAGAAUAUACAUUGGAUUUUAUUAGUCCUCCUAAUUAUAUAAUUGUCUGGUGUUGAGCUAAAAACAAUGACUAUAUCAGCUGAGUCAUGUGUAAUAUAAGAAAACCACCGUUGACUGACACGAGGCUUAAUUAAUGGUAUUCAUUGAUACCUUUAGAUGAGUAGUUUCUGAAGAAAGGGAAGUCAUGGAGUUCAUCUUUGAAUAUGUGUUGGCUAUUUCACCAUUUUUGUUGAAUUUAAAACGAAGGAGUUGUGUUGUUUACUGCUAGUGGGAUUCCGCACUCGACCAACACUGUAAUGGAUGCUAUCAUCAAAAUAACUGCAACAAUAAGAAGCAUGUUUGAGAAUUAUAAUUAUUUAUAGCUCAAUGUUUAUUGUUGUGUCUUGAUUGUCUAAUAUGUGCGUGUUGUAUUCACAAUAAACUCUUAUGCUCCAAAUAAUUAAAUCAUAA